AUGACGCAGCAGAAUGUGAUACCGUCCAAGACAAAAUCCGGGAUCAACAGGGACCUAACGGUUGCGCAGAAGCCACCGGCAGCGCCGGGAGGCUACAUUCCCAUUCCGAGGAGGAGGGUUUUGAAGAACCUUGAGAUCAAUGGAGGACAAAGAAUCAAUGCAUGGGUGGAUUCCAUGAGAGCCUCUUCUCCCACCCACGCUAAAUCAAACCCUUCUUUGGCUGAAGAACACAGCUCUUGGAUUCUUCGCCACCCUUCUGCAUUAGACAUGUUUGAGCAGAUUAUGGAUGCAUCGAGGGGAAAGCAAAUCGUCAUGUUCCUGGACUACGAUGGUACUUUGUCACCUAUUGUUGAUGAUCCAGACCGUGCUUUCAUGUCGGAUUCGAUGAGGAAAACGGUGAGGAAACUUGCAAGGUGUUUUCCCACUGCAAUAGUUACCGGUAGAUGCAGAGACAAGGUUUACAAUUUUGUGCGCUUGGCUGAGCUAUAUUAUGCGGGAAGCCAUGGCAUGGAUAUUCAAGGGCCAACAAGAGACUCCAAAUACAGCAACAAAGAGAAGGGAGAGCCAGUUCUUUUUCAACCUGCCAGUGAAUUUGUUCCCAUGAUAGAUGAGGUGUACAAUCGAUUAGUUGAGAAAAUGAAAUCAAUCCCUGGAGCUAUUGUGGAGAACAACAAGUUCUGCGCCUCAGUUCAUUUUCGCUGCGUUGAAGAAAAGAAAUGGAGUGAACUGGCACAGGAAGUGAGAUCAGUAUUAAAAGAGUACCCGAAGCUUCGUCUUAACCAAGGAAGAAAGGUAUUAGAGAUUCGUCCAUCCAUUAAAUGGGACAAAGGGAAGGCACUGGAAUUUUUGUUAGAGUCACUUGGAUUUGCCAACUGUAACGAUGUCUUUCCUGUUUACAUUGGAGAUGAUAAAACCGAUGAAGAUGCAUUCAAGAAAUUAAGAGACAGAGGACAAGGUUUUGGGAUUCUUGUCUCGAAAUUUCCAAAGGUCACUACUGCAUCGUACUCUUUACAAGAACCAAGCGAGGCAAGUGAUGGAUUUCCUUCAACGUUUGGUGGAGUGGAAACAAGUUUCCCUUCGACUCCGAGCACGCUCCCGUGUGUAAAUGAAUAG